AUGCCCGACGUAACGGUGGAGCAUCCGGACAGCCCUGUCAGCGGAGGUCGCCCAAGGUGGCCGCCGGUGCUGCAGGGCCACCGCAACCGCUGCGAGUUCAUCUCGCAGGGCGCCGCGAUGGGCGUGGCGGCGGCCUUCGGGGCGCCCGUGGGCGGCAUCCUGUUCAGCCUGGAGGAGGCGUCUUCGUUCUGGAGCCGCAGCUUGACAUGGCGAGCUUUCUUCGGCGCUAUGGUGGCCGCAGUGCUGGCCAAGUUCAUCAAGAGUGGUUUUAGACAGGAGCCGAGGCGAGAGUGCCACUUCGAGCCAGGAUAUUGGACUGCAAGGAAGCGGGAGCGUAAUCCCGAGGCGGCCGCGCCCGUCGCGGCGGCCGCGCCCGUCGCUACGCCCGCGCAGCCCGCCCUCGCCGCGCAGCACGCCCUCGUCGUCCGGGUCGUUCAGGCGUGGGGCCUCGGCAACGACGAUGAGACGCGGCAGCCUUACGUGCGGGUCCGGCUCCUCGAUGCCCGCGGCGAGGAGAAGCAGGUGCAGGAGACCGCGCCCAUCGCGCACGGCGGCGCGAACCCUCAGUGGAACGAGUACCUCAAGUUCGAGGGCAUCGAGGAUCCGGCUCUGUGCUCGGUGUGCCUCGAGCUCCGCGACAAGAGCGACACGAAGGACGAGCCUGCCGACGGCAUCGCGAAAGUUAAGCUCGGUGUUCUCGAGGCCGUGUCUGGUUUCCAGCAGUUCAGGGACACCAUCUCGGCCGGCUGGUUCUCCAACGUCGACCUCAGGUUCGGCGUGAACAACUUCGGGACGUGGGGCAACGGUGCUCGGGCGUCGAACAAGCUGUCGCUCAAUAUCAUGGGCGCUAGCGGAAUGGAAGACAUGGACACUGGCAUGGGAGGCCUCUUCGCGGACAAGAACGACCCGUACGUCUACAUUGAGUUGGUCGACGAAGACGACAACGUGAUCGGGGAACCCCAGAGGACCAAGGUCAUCGAGGAGGGCGGCCAGAAGGUUGACUGGAACGAGACCUUCGAAUUCGGCGACCUCCUGCUCCCCUCGGCCUACAAGCUCAAGCUGUCCGUCUGGGACAGGGACACGCUGAAACGGGACGACGCCCUCGGGAAGACGGAGUUCGCUCUCGGCCGGUGCUUCAGGGUGCCCGAGCCGAUGCCGUUCGAGGAGGCGCUGGACGUCGGCGGCGCGAAGCUGAGGUUCAGCGUCUGCACCGGCGGCGCCUGGGGCGCCCUCGCCGCGGAGGCGCUGGAGGAGCAGCCCCCCGCGCAGUGGGCUGGGCCGCCCACCAUGCCCCCGGGGCACUACAUGAAGUGCCGCGUCGUGAGCGCCACGGGGCUCGCCUCGGGGAGCAAGGGGGGCGACGGGAAGGCCGACCCCGUCUGCAGGCUCACCCUGAGGGAUGAGUGGGGGAAGACGCUGAAGACCGUGACGACCAAGGGGAAGGAGGCCACGGCCAAGGCCAAGGCGAAGCCCAAGGCCAAGGCCAAGGCCAAGGCGGGGGCCAAGGCCGCCGACGGCGGCCCGAAGCCAGACGUAGAGUGGGACGAGGUGUUCACGUUCGUGGGCGUCUCGAAUCCGUGCCUGUGCACGCUCUCGGUCAACGUCCUGGACGCAGGGGGCGACCAGAGCAAGCGUCUUGGCGAGACCACCCUGCCCCUGGGGAUGCUCGCCGCCAGGCCCGGCCCGCAGGACUUCGAGCCGCACAUCGCCGGGCACUUCUGGUCGUCGAAGGUGAAGCUCCAGAUCGACAACAUGGGUACGUGGGGCAACGGCAUGCCAGAGGAGAACAAGCUCCACAUGCUGAUCCGGGGUGCCACCGGCCUCCCGACCCGCGUGGGCACGCUCGUCAGGAGCAAGCCUGACCCCUACAUCUACGUGGAGCUGAAGGGUCCCGACGGGGCCGUGCUGCAGUCGAAGCAGACGGAGCCCAAGACCGACGCGGGCUCCGACCCCCAGUGGGACGAGGAGCUCGUCUUCGAGAACAUUCCGCACCCACGGCCUGCUCAUUGUACAUCACCUGUUGGGACAGGAACGGCGCCUCCAAGGACCAGCUGCUGGGCCACACCGAGGUGCCCUGCGGCGUGCUGGGCUGCUCCUCGGAGUACGCCGCGUUCGACGGCACGACGCUGGGAGGCACCUGCAAGCUCAACUUCUCCAUGCACACUGGCGGCACGUGGGGCAACAAGGAGCCGGGGCCGGCGCCCGAGGAGGUGGCGGCGGGGGGCGGGCAGGCGUGCUGCUCGCUGA